GUUAGUAAGAAAUUAUCUAAUACUUAAAGUUCACCUAUUUGAUCAAAGUUGCUGAAUCUCCUCGCCACAAUAACCUUAAACCCCUCGAGAUUUCAGGCAAAGUUAUAAUGAGAAACAUAUUUAAAUGUUGUCACCCACCACAUAUCGUGGAUCGCGUGUUGCGACUACACAGCACAUCACUGAAACACGAUGGAUUCUCACGAGCUGCAAACCACAUCUGAGACCCAGAAUGUAUAUAUCGAACGCUACUCUCCGUUCUCGCCCUACGUACUACCUCAGGACUCGUAUCCAGGCCCAAAAUACACGGACGACGCAUGCUUCAACCAGAAAUAUGUCGCUCGCGCCGCAUCCACGCCUCUCACCUCCGAAGAGCUAGGAUUGGUUCGGUCCCACCUCGAAGACAUGUUCUACGAAGAAACAUGUAAUUCGCUGCGCUACCACCCGACAUUUCUGAGGGGCUGGGCGCGCAAUCUUGAAAUGGCGUCGGCGCCCCGGCAUCAGGACUGCGACAGCGGCAUAAUGCACUGGUCCCCUGACAUCCGCGAUUACGCGAACAAGCAGACAGCCGUCUACUUCGUGGGCAGCGGUUCCGAGCCCGAUAGCGUUGGACACCGCCACGGCUGCACGGACCGACGGCUGGGCUGUUACAUCUACCGCACAUGGUACGCGCUGCAUGGCGGGCGACCAAACCUCCAGCGACAGCACUUCUUCGCCAAGGCGCUGCGCGUACCUAAGAGCGAGGCCGCGAGCUGGAGUAUCUCCGGCCUCGUUGCUACCCACCGCCGGCUAUGCGACGUAACAGCAGCGCGUUUCGGGGCCGAGGUAGUGAGUCUGCGAUGCGAAGACCCUACUAGUAAUUAUUUCCCACCACCGGUUAAGACGGCGCAGACGUGGUGCGAGCACGGCUUGUCCUUGGGUCAUUUAUUCCGCGCCGUGAUCCUUGUGGCUGACGAGAACGUGUUGCCCGUGGAGUGUCCGGUACAGCCAGUUCCGGAUAUCAGGGGCCAUAACCAGCACUGGAAAGUCGCUGCGUGGCUGGAGCGGCUUAUGCCCGAGUGUAGUGUGUUGAUGGUGCGGACUGGGGACGAUGCACAUCUCAGUCAGCCCAUCUCGUUCGAGAGACUGGUUAGAAAAGGGGAGACAAUUCCACUGGGUUUAGAAGAGGAGAAGCUAGCUACAGAGUUCGGCGUUGUGCGGGUAAAGAUUGGCGUGGCGAUGCGCUACCUGUUCGACCUGCAGGUCGAAGAGGAGGCCGCCAUUCCAAGUCUGCGACAGACAUCAGCCAUGCUCACAGAGGAGCGCGAGAGAGCUUGCCAUGCUUGGGUGGAAAGCGUGCUGCAACAUGCCUCUCUCGGAGAAGUUGGGGUCGACGGGAACUGGUUUACAUGGGACGCGGUACGGCGGAUGUGGGCUGAAAGAAAUGGAGAUAUCUUUAAUCAUGUCUUCCAGGAUGAGACAGAAUUGAUGCCGCUAUAUUCAUGGUACGGGCUUAGGUGA